AUGAGUAUACCUAGUGAUUCAGUUAAGACACAUGGCUUUACAAUCCUAAUAGAUAUGAGAGGUUCAGCGUGGGCUGCUAUAAAACCUAUUCUGAAAGUUCUGCAAGAACACUUCCCUUCAUCCGUCCAUCAGGCACUGGUAGUUAAACCUGACAAUUUUUGGCAAAAACAACGCACAACUAUAGGAGCACAUAAAUACAAAUUUGAGACAACAAUGAUUAGCUUAGAAGCCCUGCCCAAGGUGAUAGAUAGCACACAAUUGACAUCUGAUUUGGAUGGUACUCUUCAUUAUGACCAUGCACAGUGGAUUGAUCUAAGACUUGCUUUGGAGGAGCUAAUGUGGCAGGCAGGAGAACUGCUGGACCGUCUGGACGAUCUGCAAGAGGACGUGGCGCGUGCCGACUUCGCUGAUGAUGUGACCGGUGCUCGACGCGCCAUCGAUGCUCAUGCUGACAUUAGCAAACGCCUCGCCAAGGUGCCUGUGGACGAACUUGAGUCACAAGGCGAGCGGGUGCUUCAGAGACUGGAAGCGGCGGAGGCGGCGUGCUCCGAGGCGAGCGGGAGCGGUGUCGAAGCGGCGGCGUUUCACUGCGGCUCGCCGAGUGCUCUACGCGCGCAGCUCUCCGCUGUCCGCUCCGCUCAUGCGCACGCCCACAAGUUAUGGCAGCACAAGAAGAUGCAGCUGGACCAGUGCUUCCAGCUGAGGCUCUUCGAACAGGACUGUGAAAAGAUGCUGGAAUGGAUUGUCAACCAUCGGACUGCAUUCCUAGCUACAUACGUUGAGAUCGGUCGCUCCUGUGCCGCAGCUAAACGCCUCCAGGAAGAACAUGCGCGGUUUGCGGCGGCGUGUACGGGCGGCGGCAGGCCGAGCGUGGCGCGGGUGACCACCGCCGCGCGCCGCCUAGCAGACAAGAGGCACUACGCAGAGUCGCAGAUCUCCGCCUUGGCCAUGCGGCUCGAGCGAGCCUACAAACAGCUUUCCGCCGGGCUCGAGGAGCGAUCGGCCGUGCUGUCGCUGUCCGUGGUGUUUCACCACAAGGCGGAGGCGUACGCGUCCGCCGUGGGGGGGUGGGGCGCCCAGUGCGCGCUGGCGCUGCAGCUGGCCACCGGCCAGGGCGGCGCCCCCUGCAGCGACCCGCGCGCGCUGGAGCAGCACGCGCAGCGCCACAGGCAGCUCUACGAACACAUGUGCCAGGCUUACACGGAGGUCCAUUCCACAAGUAAAAAGCUUCUGUACCAACUAGAUCACCUAGUUCAAGUGUGUCAUCAGACUGAUCCGACGGACAUGAGCGAAACCUCGUCGGGGGGCGCGGGCGGUGCGGGGGGCGCGGGCGGCGCGGGCGGCGACCCCGCCGCCGACUACAGCUCGGGCGCGAACCACGUGCUCGCCGUCAUCCACCAGAUCCUCGGCCACCACAGGGCUCUCGAGGCGCGCUACCACCAGGCGCGGCUCAAGCUGCACCAGAGGCUCGCGCUGCUGCUCUACAAGGAGGACUGUAGGCAGGUCUUGGACUGGUUGUCAAACCACGGUCUGCAGUUCCUACAGAAAAACACCGGUAUAGGAAGAAACCUCCACAAAGCCCGAAUAUAUCAAAAAUCUCACGAACACUUCGAAAAUGUUGCACAAAACACGUACACGAACGCCGAGAAGCUGCUGGCGGCCGCCGAGGAGCUGGCGCGCUCCGGCGAGUGCGACCCCGAGGAGGUGCUGGGCGUGGCGCGCGAGCUGGAGGCGCACGUGGCGGCGUUCGCGGCGCGCGUCGACCGCCGCCGGCGACGGCUCGACCUCGCCGUGCUGCUCUACACGCACGAGAAGGAGCUGCUGCAAUGGCUGGAGACGCUGCGCGGCGGCGGCGGCGUGUGCGCUUCGGACGACAGCCCCGAGGCGGCGAGGCGGGCGCUGGAGCAGUGCGCCCAGCACCGGGCCGCCAGCCUGGACGCGUGCGCGGCCACCAUCGCGCAGGGCGAGGCGCUCAUGCAGGACCUCAGGUCAGCCACGGACACUGUCGCGCUCAAGUCGGCACUCGACACAACGGCCCAUAGCAGUGCAAUCGUCCGUUGCCUCAACUUCGCACUGGCCAGUCGAAGACACGCUUCCGUCGUGUCCCGUCUUUUGUUUAUUGUGUUAACCCCGUACCCUCUCUCUUGUUCGUAUAAA